AUGCCGAUCCGAAUGUUCAAUGACGCUGCUACCAACCCCGUCCCUUCUGAGACGGUGGAUAAUCAACGAAGCGUGAAUUAUGCGACGAGGACGAUUGGUGCGAACUUCAUACCGCGCCCGCAGCAAUCAGAGAAACAGAUUCUCUGGAUAGGCUGCUCAGAUAGCGACUGCAAAGAGACGACGAUUCUGGACUUUCUUCCUGACGAGAUGCUCGAGCAUCGAAAUCUCGGCAACAUGAUUAUUGAUGGUGAUCUGUCCUGCGAGACCUCGGUGAAACAUGCAGUCGUUGACCUGCGGGUCAAACACAUCGUCGUAUGUGGCCAUUAUGGUUGUGGUAUUGUCAAAGCAACGUCGAGAAAUGGCUUGCCAGGUCCGUGGUUGAGGAAGCUUGAUUCCCUCCACGCGAAACAUCGGCACGAUAUCGACCGACUACCUAUGAUCGAACGGGACAGCGCCUUUGUCGAAUUGAAUAUACUGGAACAAUUGCGCUCUUUGCGCAAUAUCUCGGAAGUGGCUGAUGCGACGAGGCGGGGACAUUUGGAUUUACAUGGAAUCGUUUACGAUCCGACAAUUGGGAGGGCGCUGUCAGUGAAUGAAGCUACCGAGGAACCAUAA